AUGGUGAAGCAAAGCGACGUGGCUUUCCGCCUGAUGGCAAGAAAGUGGGGUGCCCAUUGCUGCUACACGCCAAUGCUCAAGAGCUUGAAGUUUCUUCAAGGUAUUGAAGAGGAGAUGGCAGAGUUCGUGACAGUGGCUGGCUCUGCUGAUAGACCGCUCAUCGUUCAAGUUUGUGGGCGUUGUCCCAAACAACUGGCAGACAUGGCGUUGUUGGUGCACAGCUUGGCUCCUGGGGGUUUCGACGCGUUUGACUUGAAUUUGGGUUGCCCCAUGGAGAACGCUGAGGCUGAAGGCUAUGGAUCCUUUUUGAUUGAGGAUGCGGAGGGGAUCCAAACAGCUUGCAACUGUGUUCAAGAACUAGCUGCCGCCCAAGCCCUGCCCGUUUGCUGCAAGAUCCGCAUUCUUGCUUCCGUCCAGGAGACUGUUCGCCUUGCGAGGCUCCUGGAGGCGGCGGGCUGCUCCUUGCUAACGGUGCAUGGGCGUCGCAGGGCAGCAAAAGGCCGCGGACCGGUCGAUUGGGGAGCGAUCUCUGCGGUGAGGGCAGCCGUUGGCAUCCCGGUAGUUGCGAACGGUGGCAUUCGCACCCGUGAGGAAGCAGAUCUCAUGAUGCAGGAGACUGGCUGUGCCGGGGUCAUGGUGGCCACCGCCCUGCUGAUCAACCCAAGGCUUUUUGCCGAGCCAUGUGAGAAGCACACAGUGGGCAAGGCCAUCUCUGUGGCCCUGGAAUACCUCCAGUUUGCGGAGCAGCAUCUGCCAAGGCCCAUCGUGCUCCGAAAACAUUUCUGGUACUUCUUUCGGAACGUGCUUCUUAAAGAUGCCGACGAUGAUGGCGGACUGGCUAGUGUGCGCGGGGAGAGGAUGCCUCCAUCACUGCUUGGCACGGAAGGGCACAAGUUCUAUACCUUCAUGAACCAGCCUUUCCUGUGUUCAGUUCUUCAGUUCCGUGCAAUCCUCCGCCUGAUGGCCCACAAGCUCAAUGUGGAGCCAUGGGUGAAGCUGAUGGUGGAGUCCUUGGCAGGAGAAGUUCCGGUUCUAAGCAUGGCGGAGAUCCGCCGCCUCAGUGGGACCUCCGUGGUUAACUUCACGAAUUCAACUUCGUGUGAGGAGGGAGAUGACUGGGAGCCAGAUUGCAGCCUGCUCUGGGAGUGA